ACACGUGACAAAACCAUAUUAAUUAACUAUAGUAUAUACACAUACGGAUGAAGCCAAAAACAUAAAAAGUGGUAAAGGGAUGGACACAGCAGCUCAGCUAUCGCCUUCAGUCCAAUAAUCAAUCGCUGUUGUUGAAGCUCUCUUUUUGCCCAAAGACGUACACGUCUCUCUCUCUCUCUCUCUCUCUCACUCCCCUUUUAAAAGCUUCCGUGAUCUGAGCUAAACCCGAAGCCUCACUUCUUCGAUACGAUCAAGAAUCAUCAGAGAUGGGUUCAGCGAACAACAAAGAGUACGAGUUUCUGAGCGAGAUUGGGUUGACUUCUCACAACUUGGGCUGUUACGUUGCUGGCAAAUGGCAAGCAAACGGACCUCUUGUUUCCACUUUAAAUCCUGCUAACAAUCAGCCAAUUGCUCAAGUUGUGGAAGCUUCUUUAGAAGAUUACGAGCAAGGUUUGAAAGCUUGCGAGGAAGCAGCAAAGAUAUGGAUGCAGGUUACGGCUCCAAAGAGAGGUGAUAUUGUGAGGCAGAUUGGAGAUGCACUAAGAUCAAAACUUGACUAUCUUGGCCGUCUCCUUUCCCUUGAAAUGGGAAAGAUCCUUGCUGAAGGAAUUGGAGAAGUUCAGGAAGUGAUUGACAUGUGUGACUUUGCUGUGGGUUUGAGCCGACAACUCAAUGGAUCAGUUAUACCUUCAGAACGCCCAGAACACAUGAUGUUGGAGAUGUGGAAUCCUCUUGGCAUUGUUGGUGUUAUCACAGCGUUUAAUUUUCCAUGUGCAGUACUUGGUUGGAAUGCUUGCAUUGCGCUGGUCUGCGGAAACUGUGUAGUCUGGAAAGGUGCUCCAACUACACCGUUGAUAACUAUCGCAAUGACCAAGCUAGUGGCUGAAGUUUUAGAGAAGAACAAUUUACCAGGUGCCAUUUUUACGGCCAUGUGUGGUGGGGCUGAAAUUGGUGAAGCAAUAGCCAAAGACAAACGCAUUCCCUUAGUAUCCUUUACUGGAAGCUCCAAGGUGGGUUUAACGGUACAACAAACAGUGAGUGCAAGAUCUGGAAAAACUUUGCUUGAAUUGAGUGGAAACAAUGCAAUCAUAGUCAUGGAUGAUGCUGACAUACAGUUAGCGGCUCGGUCAGUUCUAUUUGCUGCUGUUGGAACUGCUGGUCAACGUUGUACAACUUGCCGUAGGCUGCUUUUGCAUGAGAGUAUCUAUGACAAAGUACUCGAGCAACUGCUUACUUCAUACAAACAAGUCAAAAUCGGUAAUCCUCUUGAGAAAGGGACAUUGUUAGGACCAUUACAUACUCCUGAAUCAAAGAAGAACUUUGAGAAAGGAAUCGAAGUCAUCAAAUCCCAGGGAGGUAAAAUACUAACGGGCGGUAAAGCAGUUGAAGGUGAAGGAAACUUUGUGGAGCCUACGAUAAUCGAGAUAUCAUCUGAUGCUAUUGUUGUUAAAGAAGAGCUCUUUGCUCCAGUUCUCUAUGUUCUAAAGUUUAAGUCAUUUGAAGAAGCUGUUGCGAUAAACAACUCGGUUCCUCAAGGUCUAAGCAGCUCUAUAUUCACUCGCAAACCCGAAAACAUCUUCAAGUGGAUCGGACCACUGGGAAGUGAUUGUGGCAUCGUGAAUGUGAACAUACCGACGAAUGGAGCUGAGAUUGGCGGAGCUUUUGGAGGCGAGAAAGCAACUGGUGGUGGUCGUGAAGCUGGAAGCGACUCAUGGAAACAGUACAUGCGUAGAUCCACUUGUACGAUCAACUAUGGAAACGAGUUACCUCUAGCGCAAGGCAUCAACUUCGGUUAGAUUCUCGGAGAAGUCAUUUACCGGUUAAUGCUAUGUUGGCUCAGAUCUCGGAUCCUUUGUGUCGUACCUGUUUCAAACUUUAAAAAUGAUGACACGCAACGCAAUAACAAUAAUAAUAAUAAUACCAUUUCGACUAAUGUUAUGCGUGUAAUAUAAAUCGUUUCCUGAUGUUAUUCUUAUCAGUCAUACCAUUUCAAGA